AUGCUGCAUGUUGUGGCACUACUGUCUGUGUUCUUGUUAGCGGAAGCUCAGUCUCCUGACAAUGAUACCAUACCAAAAUCCCGUGAUUUCUCAGAUCCGGCUUUCGAAUACAAUCUGUGUCCCGUUCCCGAUCAAGAGUACCCUUACAGUACGGACAUGGUGCCAUCAUACUGUGUCUGCAUGCACUGCAGAGGGCCAAAAGGGAGUGAUGGACCCCAAGGAGAUAAGGGAGACAGAGGACCACCAGGGCAAAAAGGUGACAAAGGAACUGAUGGUAACGGUGGAUCUCCAGGAAGACAAGGACCUCCAGGAAUGGAUGGUCAAUGUCCAUCUGACUGUAUUAGUGAUAAAGGAGAUACGGGUGAGAAAGGCAAUGUUGGACUAGCUGGUCCAAUGGGAGUCAAGGGUGAACCUGGAAUUGAUGGGCAACCUGGUAGUCAAGGUGAACAAGGAAUUGCUGGAUCAAAAGGUGAUGAAGGAGGUAAAGGACUAAAAGGUGACCAAGGAAUGCAAGGUAUCUGUGACUGUGUAGAUGGAGAAAAAGGUGAACCUGGAAAUGUUGGUGAUGUUGGACCCCAAGGAAACAUGGGGCCACAGGGUGUUCAAGGUGAGAAAGGGGAUAUGGGUGAAAAAGGUGUCAUGGGUGAGAUAGGAGAUCCUGGUCCUUGUUCUCCUACAGUCCAGUCUGCUUUCUCUGCUGCUCGAGCUAUAGGAGAUGGCUUUCCAAAUCCAUAUUACCCAAUUCCUUUCAGGAACGUUUUCUAUAACAAUCAAAAACAUUUUAAUCCCGGAGUUGGAGUAUACACAGCACCAGUUAAUGGCACUUAUGUAUUUAGUUAUCAUUUGUCAAUAUCCAAACAUCCCAUUCAAAUGGCACUAUUUAAAAAUCGUGAAACACUUGUUAAAACUGCUAACAUUGCUACCAAAGAUCAGGCCUCUCAAAUGAUAGUGCUAUACCUUGCUGGUGGGGACAAGAUUUGGCUACAGGUCAAGGAUUCCAUUGAUAAUGGAAUGUAUGCAAGUUCAGAAACUGACAGCACAUUCAGUGGCUUCUUAUUAUAUCCCGAUAGCUGUAACCAGGUUGUUUCCAGGGCGUUUGAUUAUUAUUAUGAUGACACUACCAGUUAUUUUAAUGAAGAUGGUUUUGGUAAAUGA